UUAAGUACAAACUUCACUUCGCCUCCUCUGCUUUUCUGCUUUGUUCUCUGAAAGCAAAAAACAUCUGAUAAUCUGGUUUCCAAAUUUCCAAAGCAUCUGAAGGAGGAGGAGGGAUGAAAAACUUCAGCAGCAGCAGCAGCAGCACUUCCAUGAUCACCACAACCACCGCCCAAUCGGUGCCGGACAUGGUGGCUGCGAUCAGAUUCCAUCCCACUGAAGAUGAAAAGGCCGACUUCUUGAGGAAGAAGAUGAAAAAUCACAAUUCUCAAGCCUGCCUCUUCCUCCCUGUCAUCGAUGUCCGCAAGUUCGAGCCUUGGGAAUUGCCUGGGCGCAUGUUCGCUGAAUCUCCGUAUCAAGCUAAGGCGUGGUACUCCUUCAGCUGGUGUGAUUACAAAUCCAACAACAGUCCUCGCUUCAAAAGGAAAACAAAGAAAGGCUUCUGGAAGAUGAACGGCGGCCAACGGGAUGUCGGCCCGAAAUAUUUCACUUGCAAAAAGAGGACAUUAACCUUCAAAAAAAAGACCUUCCAGGAAGGUCGUAGGUCUAAAUCCGUUACGACGAGCUGGAAAAUGCACGAGUACAUUCGCAUUAAACCUGAACGGGGUUCUAGUCCCCAUCAGGCGAGGGAUCAGCAAAGGGGCUUUGUUCUCUGCGUCCUCAAGUAUAAGCCAGUUGAUGAAGCUGCUACUGCUGCUGCAACGAAUCAUAUGUCUCCAGACACUGAAGAAGUUCUGGCGUACAAACAGCUAGAACAUGAUCUGCUUGGUAGUGGAAAUCAAGAUGAUGGUGAACCUGCUGGUGGCAGCUCAUCUGAUAUUAAUCAAUCUCUACGCGACAUGAUUCAAGAGGUUUGGUGGCAGUUAUGUUCCCCAGCAGGUGAAGAUCUGAAUUCACUCUUUCCUCUUCCUGAGCCACCUCAGCCUCAUCAGCCACCACAGCUUGGAAAUGCUCCUGAUGUCUGUAGUGGCGAAUUAGUUGAUCCUGGUACUAGUGGCUGCAUUACCUAUAAUACUGAUAACCAAGCUGCAACAAUGAAUCAUAUGAUUUCCGACACAGAAGAAAUACUGGCAUACAAACAGCUAGAACGUGAUGUGUUUGCCGGUGGUAAUCACGAUGUUGGUGAACGUGGUAGUGGCAUUUUGACCUUUGGUGAUGGUAAUGAUGAAACUGGUGGCUGGAAAUUCUCUGAUUUCGAUGAUCAAGCUGCAUCUGAUAGGUUUCAAGAGUUGUUUCUUGAGAUGGGAGAAAUUCUGAAUUCAUCUUCUCAACCGCUGCAGCCACAUCAGCCACUGCAACCACAUCAACCGCAGGAAUACAGCCCCUCCACACUGCAGCAAUCUUUAUUCCCGGAUAAUAUUUCUUAUCCUGAAUAUAAGAAUAAUAUUUCAACCAAUGAUCCCAAUGAGCAAGUUAACAAACUGGCUAAUGGUGUUCCAAUUCAAGCUACAGAUGAAAGAAUUUCAGUGGCUUCUUUUAGCCCAGAAGAAUAUAUGGGUCCUCUGUUUGAUCCAUCUUCGUUACAAGAUUACUUGUUGCUGUCACCAAUGAACACGGAACUGGGAGAUGUUGUGCAUACCAAUAACUAUAACUAUAUUGGAUGCAAUGAUGAGUUGCGGAUCUCUAGAUUAUAUGGAGAUUUCAACUCUUCUCCCAUAUAGUUCUUGAUUUAUCAUUGUUGACCAGGAUUGGUAACUUAGUAUCCUGGGAAGAAACAAUAGACCCUACUUUUAGUGACUCCAAUCCAACAGAGUCACAAGCAUGAGUCUAAGACAGGAACAGUGGAGUAAGAAACACAGAAAAAUAGGUUUAGUCGGCAUUAGCUAUUCAAGAAACACAUCAACAUAGCUAAUGAACAGCAGGAUCUUAGCUAUCGAAGAACAGCAAGAUCUUAGUUAUCAGAAAAGAGCAAUUGGGGGACUUGUAAACCCCAAGAGCUCUAGCAAGAGUAAAGCAUCACCCUUAUCUACAAUUCAGGAACUGUAGGAUUAUGUCCAUGAUAACCGAUGUAGGUUACCUAAGCCCAUUCUUGUUCCUUUUGGCCGUUUUAAGAAUUCCCUAGUUUUAGAAACUUGAAAGCUUGUUAGGUGAACAUGUUAGUUCAAAGAACACCAGUAGAAGCCAGUGUUUGAGAUGUCAUGAGGAAAUCUACUCUCCUCUGAUGAGUCCAGAUGAAGUAAAGAUGUCUUUUCUCAGAAUCAGCAGUUGUUUGGAGACCGCAUAUCUCAUGCCAACCAGACUACGAGUAUUCCUUAGCAAAGUUGUUCAGAUUGUGUACUUUCUUCAUCAAAAAGUCAUACGAACCUCAGCAAAAAUGUGUCAUUUAAUGUACCCUCUUCUUCAAAGUAAUACGUACCUCAGCAAAACUAUCUUCAACCAUCAUCCAUUCGCGUCUAUCCACUGGGAGUUGCUCCGAGAAGAAUCCGACUGCAAGGCUGUAUCACAAGACAAGGUCAGGGAAGCUGCAGAGUAUUGCAUUGCUCUUCAUCUGCCCGGGAAGUAAACAAAAACCAAGUCUUUGAAGCAUACGGUUUUGAAGCAGGCAACUGUAGGGUUCUUUCACUGGAGCAUCUCCUCAAAACCAUCAAUCAGGUCCCCGAUGGGGAAUGGUAUAAUACUUUGAUACCAAGUUCUAGUUCUGGCCUCCUACUCAGGCUUCGUUCGACUAUUCUGGAAAUGGCGUUAUGCAGGAUCUGCUGCGACAUGGCUGCUGGAGUCUCAAAUAUAUUACAAUAACCAGACACCAAUGGUGAUGUACCGGUUGUUGGUAUUGAAAUUUGAGGUUCCGUCCCUAAUGGAGUAGCAAUUACAAUCAUUAUCAAAAUCGGAUGAUUAUGAUUGGUUUAAUCCUUUGAUAACCUUCAGAAUUAAACACCCUUUCUUAUGUAAAUAGUGCUUUAAUUAAUUUCUCUGUAUCAGCUGCUGCGUUUUAGCCGACCCCACUUAGUGGGAAAAGACUUUGUUGUUGUUGUUAUUGUUGUAUCAGCUGCUGCGUUUCUGUGCAGCAUUUCUGCCUUUCCUGUACUCCUUUCAUGUUGUAUUGUUGUUAAUACUGUUUAUCUAGAACCUUUCAUUUUCUUGGAAUUUCGUGUAUUAUAUUCU